UACAAUCUUGCCCUAGGCUUCGCGGCCCUGGAGUACUGUAAGCGUGCGACUGAUUCCACUCACCAACGGAAUUUCCGCCUCGGAAUAACUUUCAUCGUCUUAGCCCAUCUUGUGUCGUUUCUGCUUUUCCUGCUCUCUUGCCAGCCAAUCAAGAGAGCGUGGUUACCGCAGACUGACGGUAGAUGCCUUGCUACCAGUCCUUUGUCCUAUGGCACAUUCAUCGUCAUGCUUGUGACUAAUGUUGUCGCUAUACUAUUGCCAAUACCUCUGCUAAGUAAGCUACAGUUGACCAAAGCAGAACGUGCCCGCCCGAUCGCGUUAACUCUUCUUGGACUGUUGACUCCUAUCUGCUCCGUGGCGCGGGUAUGUCAGAUUGAGACCAUGAUCAAUGAUGGAGAUUCAACCAUGCUUGUCUUUUGGGGUAUUGUGGAGAAUUGUGUCGGGGCAAGUACAGACUUGACAUCUACCAUCUGCUGGUAA